GGAGGCCGACCUCGUGCCCCGCCUUCGCGGCCGCGGAUUGGCCCGCGACGGGGCCCGUCAGUCGCGCUGGCGUCUGGGAAGGAGAGAAAAUGGCGUCCGAGCCGAGCAAGACCGAGAUCCAAACCCUUUUUAAGAGGCUUCGCGCAAUUCCGACCAACAAGGCCUGCUUCGACUGUGGCGCCAAGAAUCCGAGUUGGGCCAGCAUCACAUACGGUGUUUUCUUGUGCAUUGACUGCUCCGGGGUGCACCGCUCCCUGGGUGUCCAUCUCAGCUUCAUCAGGUCCACAGAGUUGGAUUCCAACUGGAGCUGGUUCCAGCUGAGGUGCAUGCAGGUCGGCGGGAAUGCCAAUGCGACAGCUUUCUUCCGCCAGCAUGGAUGCACAGCCAGUGAUGCCAACACCAAGUAUGAUAGCCGAGCUGCCCGGAUGUACCGGGAAAAGAUCCGGCAGCUGGGAAGUGCAGCCCUGGCUAGGCAUGGCACCGAUCUUUGGAUAGACAAUAUGAGUGGUGCUCCCAGUCACUCUCCGGAGAGGAAGGAUUCUGAUUUCUUCAUGGAACACACUCAACCCCCUGCCUGGGAUGUACCAGCCACCGACCCCGCCCCGUCUACAGAAAGCAGUGGAUUGGCACAGCCGGAGCAUGGCCCCAACACGGACCUGCUUGGCACCUCACCCAAAUCUCUGGAAAUGAAAACCUCCCUCAUUGGCAAGAAGAAGCCAGCAGCCACUAAGAAAGGGCUGGGUGCCAAGAAAGGCCUAGGGGCCCAGAAGGUGAGCAGCCAGAGCUUCAGCGAGAUUGAGCGGCAGGCCCAGGUGGCAGAGAAGCUCCGUGAGCAGCAGGUGGCUGAUGCCAAGAAGCAGGCCGAGGAGUCCGUGGUUGCCUCCAUGCGUCUGGCCUACCAGGAGCUCCAGAUUGACCGCAAGAAGGAGGAGAAGCAGCUACAGAAUCUGGAAGGGAAGAAGCGAGAGCAGGCAGAGAGGUUGGGCAUGGGCUUGGUGUCCCGAAGCUCCGUCUCCCACUCGGUGCUGUCUGAGAUGCAGGUGAUUGAGCAGGAAACUCCAGUGAGUGCAAAAUCCUCCCGCUCACAGUUGGACUUAUUCGAUGAUGUUGGUACUUUCGCCUCAGGACCUCCAAAGUACAAGGACAACCCCUUUUCCUUGGGGGAAAGUUUUGCUUCCCGCUGGGAUACAGAUGCCACCUGGGGUAUGGACAAGAUGGAGGAGAAGGAGCCAGAAGUGACCAUCUCAAGCAUCCGGCCUAUUUCAGAAAGAGUCACAAACCGGAAGGAAGUGGAGAGCCGGAGCUCAGGCCUCGAGUCCAGUGAAGCACGUCAGAAAUUCGCCGGAGCCAAAGCCAUCUCAUCUGACAUGUUCUUUGGGCGGGAGGUGGAUACUGAGUAUGAAGCCAGGUCUCGGCUACAGCAGCUCUCAGGCAGUAGUGCCAUCAGCUCUUCAGACCUCUUUGGGGACGUGGAUGGAGCUCAUGGAACAGGCAACGUAUCUCUGGGGAAUGUGCUCCCCACAGCUGACAUUGCCCAGUUUAAGCAGGGUGUCAAGUCUGUGGCCGGGAAGAUGGCAGUGCUGGCCAAUGGUGUGAUGAAUUCUUUGCAGGAUCGCUAUGGUUCCUACUGAUCCAAGCUCCAUGGCUCAGGCAUAUGGUGGUGACAGCAGCAAAAACCCCAUGAUUACCAGGCCAGGGCUGCUUGCCUUGUGGAAGUUGGGGAGGAAUUGUUACUUUAUGUGUGGUAUGUGAGUGGGGUGGCCUUUGAGGACCUCUGGUGAGGGGAUGGGCAGAACCAGCCCUUGGCCUCUGCCUAUAGAUGGAGCCCUUUUUCCUUCUCUCUCACACCCUCUCUCCUGUGUGCUAGAUUAUUGUCCUUCCAGUCCUGCUCCCAAAGCUGCUGCUCACUUGUCCUGCCAUGCUGGGAGGGAGGGAGGGCAUCUCCUCAGGAUGGCUUAUUCUGGGCCCAGCCCUUCUCUGAUAGGGAAAGGGAGAAGUUUAAGGCUCUUUGGCUGGCUCUAAGAUCCUUCCAGGUUGUCUGGGGUUUUGGUCCCUGACCUCUGGAACCGGCGGGGACGUCUAGGAAGAGUUCUGCUAUAGACCAGCCCCCAGAGGAGGGAGGCUCUGGACUUGCUGCUGCUGUUGCUGCUGCAUUAGCCUCUUCUGGGCCCCAGGAGAGGGCAAGGGAGGCGAAGGACCUUCGUCUGGGCCUUACUAAGGGCUAGAAACUUGACCUUGUACCUAAAGGUGUCAUUUGGGAUCAGACUGGAGGCCAGAGUGACGAUCUGUCCCACCACCCCUUUCUAUAGUGGUCAUUGGGAAGGUUACUUUUCCUGGGUGUGUCCGAGUCCUUUACUGUCCACGUGGACUACAGGACCCCUGUCCCCUCGAGACUCUGUUCUUUUCCCCGCUUGGUGGCCAUGGCGAGUCUCAUCUGCACUGUGGUGUCCUGCUUUGGAUGCAGAGGACGUGGAGAUGGAAGCAGGCUGCUGGGGCUCAGCUUUCUUCCUCUACAUCAUCCUGGGCUUAGGGGGCCUGGACAGCACCCCACCAGUGAGAGCACGAGGUGCCUACAGAGCUGCAAGCCUCGCCCCCUGGUCACUGGGCCAUGCACUGUAUCAUUCUUGGUGCCAUCUUCCCUUGCCAUGCUGGCAGUGUAGGCCCACUGCACCCCCUGUGGGUUGAGGGUAAGGCUCCCAAGCAACACAGACCACUUCCCACCACCCUCUCCCCCAAAGGGACUGGAGUUUCUUUCUGGACUGUUUGUAUUGAAACAUAGUGGUGUCAAAUAAAGCCCCAGCAGGGCCCUGGGCCCGUUGGUCUGAGUGAA